CAUACAAAUUACAAAUAGGUCGCUACAAAAAUAUUUCAUGUAAUUUAAUAAAAGUGAAAUUUAUUUUGAGACAAUAAUAAAUACUCCUUAAAAAAAACUCUCCUUAAACCGAAUAGCCGCAGUUCAUCAAGUCGAACGAAACACGCUCUAAAGAAGCUGCAGAAAGCAAGCAGCAAACACAGAAAAACACUGAAGGCAUAUAUCACUUUAGAAACUAAGCACGAAAGCUCUUCUCCGCGGCGUCAAUGGCGUGUCUCUCCAGAAUGCUCCGCUGUAGCCGUGCGAUCUCCUCCCUCAAAACCCUAGCCUCCUCCGCUCCCCGUCUUCGUCCCACACCCUUCAAUCGACCUUUUGUGCAUCAUUUACACAGCUCUGCAUACCAAAGUUCACAAUCAGGAUCAUUCCAUGGGCUUUUGAUUCCAGCUGUCUUAGCUGGAGUGUUUGGAGUUGGAUUGGUAGAUGUAGCAUCUGCAGAUUCCAAUGAGACCAGUAAAGGAACUCCCUUUCCAUCUGAAUCCCCUCCUGCAUUAAGACAUAAUGACUUGGAGGAACUUGCCAUGAAAGAGAAGAAUCGCCUUGGGGAGUUGAUUAAGACCAAAGGAAUGCUAGUUGGCACUUACCCUCGUUAUACUGUUUCAGUCAAAGGUCAAAAGGUUGCAAUCAAGUUCCAAGUGCCCCAGACGUGUGAAAUACCAGUUCUACUGUCAAAGCUUGUUUCACGCCUUGGUGUUAAACUUGAAGACAAUGGGUCUGGAUCAGAUAUGACAUUGCGGGCCUGGGAAAGUGGGAUUGCCUGGCAACUGAUGCUUAACCGGCCAAAGAAACAAAAUGAAGCUGUCAGAAUUGAAGGAGAAGGAAAGGGCAGAAAUGCUGAUGAUGGUCUAUGCGUUCUCUUUUUUCGUCCAGUCAUCACUGCAGACAGAGCUGAAAUUGAGUUCAUGAAACCGGGCAGCUUUACACCUGAGGAGCUCGAUACCCUAGUAUCUUUAUUACAGUUAGCAGGACAACCAAGAGCUAUCAAAACUAGACCAAGUGGAGAUGCUGGCAAUGUUGUUUCUCCAAAUAAAACCGUUUCACAUCUGGAAGCUAUGGGAGUCAAGAUUUUUGGAAUUAAUGAGUUGAGUGCUGAUACAACAAAGGCUGAUAUUUCUUGGGAAAGUAUUGCGGGAUAUAGCCAUCAAAAGCGAGAGAUAGAAGAUACCAUACUAUUGGCUCUGCAGAGCCCUGAAGUAUAUGACGAUAUUGCUCGCGGGACAAGAUGCAAGUUCGAGUCAAAUAGGCCUCGAGCAGUUCUGUUUGAAGGUCCACCAGGUACAGGAAAGACAUCUUGUGCUCGAGUCAUUGCUCAACAAGCGGGUGUCCCACUGUUGUACGUUCCCUUGGAGGUCAUUGUGUCAAAAUAUUAUGGUGAAAGUGAACGUUUAUUGGGUAAGGUGUUUUCCUUGGCAAAUGAGCUCCCAAAUGGAGCAAUCGUGUUCCUAGAUGAGGUUGAUUCUUUUGCUACUGCUCGUGAUGGUGAAACCCAUGAGGCAACCCGCCGAAUGUUAUCAGUGUUAUUACGACAGAUUGAUGGAUUUGAGCAGGAGAAGAAAGUUGUAGUUGUUGCUGCAACAAAUAGGAAAGAAGACCUUGAUCCUGCUUUGAUUAGCCGAUUUGAUGCCCUGAUUACCUUCCCCCUACCGGAUCAGCAAACCCGCCAGGAAAUAGGAGCACAAUAUGCAAAGCACUUGACAGAAUCAGAAUUGUCCGAAUUUGCCAAAGCCACUGAAGGAUUUUCUGGGAGGGAUAUAAGGGAUGUUUGCCAGCAAGCAGAGAGGCAUUGGGCAUCAAAGAUAAUAAGAGGUCAAACUCAGAAAGAUGAAAAGUGUCCGCUGCCGCCUAUUCAAGAAUACACACAGAGUGCCGAGACCAGGCAAAGAGCCUUGAUUGGUUUGAACCAACGAGAGGCGGUGCGAAGGAGGAAACCUCAAUUUGAUUUUGAAUAAGUGUUUUUUUCCUCAGUAAAACUGGCUAGUAUAGUGAGUCCAUAUAAAAAAUGUGUAUGCAACAUUCCUUAUGCCUAGUAGUAGCUUACAUAUAGCAAUUCAUUAGUUAUUACUCGUAUUUAUUAAAGGCUUUAAUUGCAC